AUGUUGUUGGCUUUGCUCUGGUAUGGUAGUUACUUUGCCGCAUCCGCUACCAGCGGGGUAACCGUGGUUGAGGCCGCGAAAAUGAACCCGCGUGCAGGAACCAGCCUGCGGGAAGGCGUUGAACCUUUGUCGGCCGCGGCGAGAAAACAGGUCCUGGACCUCGUCGACGAAUCUCGGUUCGUUGCGGUUCCUCCUCCCGUUUUACCUGGUUCUUCGCGUCUCGUCAGACAUAAAAAGUACCGGGAUGCAGUCCAAGCGGCUUCCUCGUUUCGGGACAUCACUCCAGAAGAGCUUCAGCGGGAUAAAGACUUCGUGCUGUUCUUGAUCAAAAGCGGUAUCCGCGAAAAAAACCCCAGCUUUUUUUUCAAGUGGGACGACCUUCCGGACGAGCUGCGGCAGGACAAAGAAAUUCUACUUGCUGCCCUGCAUCACAAGCUGAUUCGCGAUCUCUGGUGGGACCAUGACAAGAAACCCACUCCACCCCGUCGGAACCCUCGCCUGUAUCCGCAACCUGUGUGUUGGCGUGAAUUCCGGCCCCACCUGUUCACAGACAUGGAAGUCGUCCUGACGGCUAUUGAAGUCGGCGCUGUUGAAAGAUGUGGCAACGUGCCUCCAGAAAUGCGGAGAGAGGAUCAGGUCCUGCGGCUGGCGUAUGCACGGAAUCUUUCUUCUAAUUAGCUGCCAUCAAAACAAUUUAUCCUGCCCUAGGGGGGGACAUGCGGAGGGGUUGGGGUUCGAGUUCGUUUCAAGCUGCAUCUCGGAGCUGUAUCGCUGCAGUGUCGCGCAUCGCAUUUCGUCGCUUACAGCCAUGAAUUCCGAAUAUCGAAACUACUCCACUCUCCUCAACAUCAGUAGAGUCGUUCUCAUCUUCACCUUCUUCGUCCUCCAGGAGCUUCACACAAACUAGCAGCAAAAUUCAUGUUGAUGCGGCAAAUCCAAAGCCAAACCCGCCCUACAUAAAGAGAAGACGAAGGAAGCACGUGGUGACAAUAGAUCGAUAACGCGACAUUUUAGAAACUGGGGAAAACUUAUCUUAGCUUGGGAGACUGUAGUGUGAAUUUGAAGAAUUGAAGAUGUAGUUUUACUUAGAUGGUGUUCGAUUUGAAGUCGGUAUGUCUGCGCUUGAAAAAAUAACCUCUCCAUUUCGAAACUAGAUCCUACACUCUUACCUCCGCGCGCUAGGGGCGGAUCGAUGUUCAUCUGCGGAUUGUUCAGACAGCUACGGCAACAGCUUCAUGGUAUAAGUGGCCACGCUGGAAAAAUAGACCAUAC